AUGUCGAGCCAAACUGGCAAAUGGCGCGAGGAGCAAGUCCUCAUCAUAUGCCCCGGCAGCCAGACCACGCUGGCACAGCUUGGGUGCAAUGAACUGACACCACCAGCCCACCGUUUCCCCACGCGAAUGUUUAAAGAUGAGGACUCGGACGGCUGGCGACCACACUACACCUACAAGCGUAAGAAGGAGGGGGGGACCACAGGUGACGAAUGGGAAUACGUCGAGGAUAUAGACUCGAUCGAAGGCGCCGUGUACCCCAUUCAGGCCGGGCGCAUCGUAAACAUGGAGGCUUUCCUCGCCUUCCUCGAGCACGUCCACGGUCAACUGACAAGUACCUACCACAACACGCCGAUUAUGCUCAUGGCCUCGCCGCAAUGGACGCGCCCCGAUUGUGAGGCCAUCGCUCGAUACAUCUUCGAGAAAACCAAAACCCCCGCGCUGUGCCUGAUCCACAGCGGAAUCGCGACGCAGUACGGCCUCAAAUGGCCCAACAUGACGGUUGUCGAUGUCGGCUACGAGAAGGUGGACGUGACGUGCAUCUACGAUGGCCGGGUCGUGUCGUACAAGAGCGUCGGCCCCUCUCCCGGUGUCGAGCACGAGAUUAGUGGCGGUGAGGUAUUCACGCGCCGGUUAUUGAAGCUGCUUGAGUCACAGGGGUUCGACUAUGACAUGGCCGAGCAGCUGAAGAAGAGCCCCAUCUGCGAGGUGCUACCGUAUUCGCCCGAAAGCCCCGAGCUGAUGGACUUGCCGGUCGAGACUGGGUCAGUCGUGCCGGCGCCGACCAGCGAAGGCCCGAAAAUUGUGGAGCCGCCGCGGACAUACGCCCCGAUAGAUCCAGACGACACUGGCGUAAAUGGCGACGUUAAGGAAAUCGAGGAAGAUGGCGUUCUAGAUGUUGCCAAUAUCGUCGCCAGUGGCCAGACAAGAGAGUUUCUCGCCAAGAAGGAAAAGGAGAAGGCGGAGAAAGCCAAGAUGGGGAGGAAGGGAAAAGAUAAAGAAGGCGCCGAUGCAGGCGGGGCAAAACCGCUCAGGCUUCCGAAUUCGAAAAGAGUCAAGAACCUAUUCCACUACGAGGAGCUAGUGACGGAGGACGUUCCAGUCGCACCCGCGCCCAAAGAGAACGGCGCCAACGAGGUUGUCAUGACCGACGCUGCCUCGACAACAGCAGCUCCAACGGGAGACACAACUGGGACCGAGCCAAAGACAGAAACGUCCGAUGAACAGCAACCGCAACCCGCCGACGACGCUCCCACGUCCGAGACAGCCCCAACAACAUCCGGACGAGUAAGCCGCCGGGUGCGCCGCGACAUUGAGGUUGGCCUGGAGCGCUUCCAGUUUGCGGACCGCCAGGAGAUAGACCGCAUUGUCACGGCCAUCUACCGCGCUGUGCAGGGCAUCGACGAUAUGUACAUGCGCCCGGGCUGCUGGGAAAACAUCGUCUUCGUGGGCAACGGCGCGCGCAUCCGCGGUCUGCGCGACAAUAUCAUGCAGACCCUCCAGGCGCGCCACCUUGUUUCCCCGAGUUCGGCCACCAUGUUCACCUCAGAACUGCCCUCCAACAUGGGCACCCCUUCAGGCACAGGAUCCCAGACGCCCACCAGCUCGUUUGCCGGUGGCGGUCAGAUACCCACCAGCAGCAGCGUCAACCCCCUCCUGCAGGCGGCCACGACGGCUAGCUUGCAAGUCCCAGGAGGUGUCGGCGGCGGGGUCGGCGGUGCCGGCUCCAGUAUUGGCGGCGACGCCGGCGGCGGUAGCGGCGCGACGAGCCACCAUUUCCACAGCCAGACGCCGACCAAUAUACGGUUGGCGCCACUGCCGGCUUAUUUGAGCGACUGGUCAAAGCAUGGCUUCGAGGAGGCCAUGUUUUUGGGGGCGCAGGUUGCCGCGCGGCUGGCAUUUUGUAUACAUAACCUUGACGCACAGGGCUUGGAAAGUCAAAGGCUGAUGAGCCUGAGUCGGGUGGAUUACAAUGAGCUGGGCCCUAGGGGCAUCAGAUCGCAUUCCAUGCUGGGAUGA